AUGGGUACUCAGAAGAAGGAGAAACAAAGAAGGGUCCGCGAAGGUGACACCCGUGAUGGUAACCUUCGUGUGAAAGGUGAGAAUUUCUACAAAGAUGCUAAGAAGGUCAGGCACUUGGCCAUGUACAAAACAGGAAGAGCAGUGAGAAACGCCAAGGGUGAAAUCAUCAAGGCCGCUGCUCUCCAGUCUACAGAUGCACCAAUUGCCCGAGUGGAUCCAAACAAGAAGUGGUUUGGAAAUACCCGUGUGAUUGCCCAGGAUGCCUUGACCCAUUUUAGAGAAGCCAUGGGGGAUAAGAAACAUGACACUUAUUCGGUGCUCUUGAAGAGGAACAAAUUGCCCAUGUCUCUCCUAGAUGAAAAGGAUCAGACUGAGUCUCCAACUGCGAGGAUCCUCGAGACCGAGUCCUAUGAGCAUGCUUUUGGGCCUAAACAACAGAGAAAGAAACCCAGAUCACAGCCAGCCUCUUCUUUAGAAGAAUUGGCUCAGAUCACAGAGAACGACUCCAAGGAGUAUCAGGAGAAACAAGAGCUCAAUGCCACUCUUGGGCUUAUGGGCGGUUCCUUCUUGGACUCUGAUGAUUACACACAAACAGCCAAGGAGGCUAUUUUUCACAAGGGCCAGUCCAAGAGAAUUUGGAACGAACUUUACAAAGUCAUCGACUCUUCCGAUGUAGUAAUUCAUGUUUUGGAUGCGAGAAACCCCUUGGGCACUCGCUGUGAAAGUGUGGAGAAAUACAUCAGAGAGGAAUGCUCCCACAAACACUUGAUUUAUGUGUUGAACAAGUGUGAUCUCGUACCCACCUGGGUAGCGGCUGCUUGGGUCAAGCAUUUGUCCAAAUUUUACCCAACCUUGGCGUUUCACGCUUCGAUCAAGAACUCUUUUGGUAAGGGUUCCUUGAUUCAGUUAUUGCGUCAAUUCUCUACAUUGCAUUCGGACCGCAAGCAAGUCUCUGUCGGUUUCAUUGGAUACCCGAACACAGGUAAAUCGUCUAUCAUCAACACCUUGCGCCAGAAGAAAGUGUGCCAGGUUGCACCCAUCCCGGGCGAGACCAAGGUGUGGCAAUACAUCACUUUGAUGAAGAGAAUCUUCUUGAUCGAUUGUCCUGGUAUUGUUCCUCCAAGUAACAAGGACACGGAAGCAGACAUUUUGUUCAGAGGUGUCGUGAGAGUUGAGCACGUCACCAAUCCGGAGCAAUAUAUCCCUGAUAUGCUCCAGAAGUGCGAGAGGAAACAUUUGGAGAGAACUUACGAAAUCAAAGGCUGGAGUAAUUACGAAGAAGAUCCUUCGCUUCUAGAAAAAGCCAGUACGGAGUUCAUUGAGCUAAUAGCCAGAAAACAAGGUAGAUUGUUGAAAGGUGGAGAGCCAGAUGAGAGUGCGGUUGCGAAGCAAGUGUUAAAUGACUUCAACAGAGGUAAGAUUCCAUGGUUUGUUCUGCCUCCAAAAGACGAGGAGGUGAGAACAGGCGAAGACAAGAAGGCUGAGUACAAAAGGAAAAGAGAAGAGAGGGAACUCGAAAGAGACGCCGAGGAGUCUGCCAAAAGAUUGAAGAUGGAAGAGGGCGAAGAAUCUGAGGAGGGUGAGGAAGAGGAGGAUCAGAAUAAUGAUUUUGCUAAGGAAAAGUCAGAAGAGAGUGAAGAGUAG